CGAGAUUUUUUCAGGGUCAUACCUUUCUAAAAACAUUAUAUUAUAUUUCACGUAUUCGUGUCGUGGGCGCUCCAUGAAUGCAGAGUAACGAAGGAAUUAUCGCUAGCAAUGAGCGAAGAUUUAAAUGUAAGUUCUACUGCUGGAAUUGGAGAACUGUCACCAACAGUCGUCGGGAUUCAGUCCACGGCCAUCUUUUUGCUUAUGGUUUCUUCGUUGAUAUGCAAUGCACUGGUAGGAUUUGUUCUCACUAAAAAACCGGAAUUGUUGUCACAUUCCUCCAGCAAACUUCUCUUAAACUUGACUGCAUCUAGCUUCAUCUUUUCGCUUACCGUUUUGCCGUUCGUUUUUGCUUCGUCUGUGAGACAGCACUGGUUGUUCGGCGAGGCUUGGUGUCAAGCAAGCGGUUUCUUAACAGUUUUGCUCUCCGCAACAUCUUUAGGAAUGGUGAUGUUUUUAAGUAUCGAUCGUUAUCACUGCAUUGUGAACCCUCUUAUUUAUGCUACUAGGAUGUCACCGGCACGCACAAAUUUCUUCAUCUCGUUUACAUGGCUGGCAUGCCUGUUCUUGGCUUCGCUGCCUCUUGUCGGCUGGGGAAAAUACGGUUAUGAACACGCAAAAUUUUCUUGUACAGUUAUUUGGAGUGACACCUUAAGUGAAGGCUACACGAAACUUUAUUCCGUUGUGACUUUGUUUAUUCCAUUACUUGUCAUGGUAGUGACCUACUAUUAUAUUUUAAAGGCUGCUCGUCGACAAGCUAGAGUGGGGCAAAUAGCGGUUCUCCCUGCGUCAACUUUGGGUCUAAGGACAAACCGCAACUCUAUCGCAUCAAACGCGAGUGCGUUUAGUGGAUCAAAAGCUUUGCGUACAACUUUUCUCGUUUUAGGGAUGGUAAUAUUUUGUUGGGGUCCGUACGUGAUAGAGAUAAUUCUAGAAUCGGAGCGGGUGCUUGUGAAGUAUGAGAUACAGACCACGUUUGUAAUGAUGUCUCAUUCAAGCGCAUUACUGUAUCCUGUUAUUUAUGGAUUUCACAUAAGAGCGAUCAGGCGCAAUAUCAAGAGACUUGUAGCCUCGAUCUUACGGUGUGGUAAUAAUAUUGUUCGACCCGCCAGCGAGACGGGAUUUGUCGUAUCACCCCAGGCAAUGUUCAGAAAUAGAUCGGCUUCGGAAGGUUCUGUGAAUUCUUUCGACAUGGCCUGGUCGCCCCGGCGAGAGAGCGAAAGUAUGUGGACAUUACCAGCAAUCAAAGAAGAAAAUGAAAUUCAACCCACACACAGAACUCGCUCGACCGAAGUCACAGACCUAGAGGUUAUCAAUCUUCCGGGUAGUUGCGUCUAAAAACAACUCAGGAUGUUCAGUGCGACUUAAAACCGAAUCAUGCAUUACUGAAAAACGUAAAAAAGAAUUACGAGGAAGAUUAAACUUGUUAUGGACAUCUGUGUAAUUUUUGUCGUGCUUGGAGAAUGUUUGAAAUAUUCUUCGUGAAUCCCGAUGAAAGCUAUUCCAGAAGUGAGUCAAUUUUCUCUACAGCUUUCAAAGCAUUUAUUCUUGGAGAUUUUGAUCCAUAGCAAGCAAAAUAAAAGCCAUAUUUCUGAA